AUGCCUAAGAACAAGAAGUCGGCUCGUUCCAAGUCGCCGUCCAAGAGGGCUGAGCGGAAGCCAAGCAACCCUCAACUGGCAGCACAAUCGGCUGAGGCAGGGAAUCGCAAGAUUAACGUCGUUGCAGAAGCUCCAGAGCUUGGGCCAUCACAGCCAGCAACCACCGAAGCCCCGAAACCUACCCCCGAGAAACAAGAGAAACAGGAGAAGCCUACAAACCUUCAUGAAACUCCAAAGAAGGAAAACCGAGAUGAACGAAAAGCGACAUUCGCAGAUGUGGCGAAGGGCAACGUCGACGAUGAUAGCAACGGACACUCCCCUGACGCAGAGAGAAGCUUUGGAAGCGAGGGCACCGCCGACGAGACAUUGGUCGACGGCUUCGACGUAGAUAAACCGGAGUCAACUACGGUGAAGAGCAUGGAUGAUGACGAAUAUCCGCGUCUCUCCCUGGCUGCAUUCGGCAGGAGGAACAGUCAUCGAUACGGCUGGAAAGCUGGUGGCAUUAGAUUUGCACCUCUUCAGGUCCCCUUCAGUCGCCGGCUGCAGACGGGAGCCGUUCUGUUCCACGGUCUCUCCAUCUUGACAUUUGUCUCCAUCUUCUUCUUCCUCGCCGCCAUCCCUUUCACAUGGCCGCUCCUGGUUCCUUACCUGAUUCAUCUCUCACUCUCCAGCGUCGCAUCCGACGGCAACCUCAAGUACCGCUCCGAAUGGCUGCGUUCGCGCUACAUCUGGAGACUCUUUGCAGACUACUACCCGGCUGAGCUACACAAGACUCACGAUCUGCCACCCACCAGGAAGUACAUCUUUGGCUACCACCCCCAUGGAAUUAUAUCCCACGGCGCUUUCGCCGCUUUUGCGACCAACGCUCUUGGUUUUGAUGAGCAGUUUCCGGGAAUCACCAACUCGUUGCUGACUCUUGACAACAACUUCCGCAUCCCACUGUACCGAGACUACAUUCUAGCAAUGGGUGUCCGAUCCGUUUCUAAGGAGUCGAUCUGGAACACCUUGAGCAAAGGCGGCCGUAAUGGCGAGGGUAUGGGCCGCGCCGUUACCAUCGUCGUUGGCGGAGCUAGAGAGUCCCUCGAGGCUCAGCCCGGAACUCUGAGACUGAUCUUGAAGGGCCGCAAGGGUUUCAUCAAGAUGGCCCUGCGAACUGGAGCCGAUCUGGUUCCUGUCUUGGGCUUCGGCGAGAAUGACCUCUACGAUCAGCUGAGCCCGAAGACUCACCCCUGGGUGCACAACUUCCAGAUGUUCGUCCUCCGCGUUUUCAAGUUUACCUUGCCCGCGCUUCACGGACGUGGUAUCCUCAACUACGAUGUGGGCAUGAUGCCUUACCGCAGACCUCUGAACAUUGUCGUCGGAAAGCCUAUCAAGGUCACCACGCCCCCCUCCGCUCAGCCAUCACAGGAGGAGAUUGACCGCUUGCACGAGCUGUACAUUGCCGAGCUGCAGAAGAUCUGGGACACGUACAAGGAUCAGUUCGCGCCUGAGCGCAAGGCCGAACUUCAGUUCAUUGCUUAA